AUGAAUGGCUAUGCAGAUGAGGAGAUGGGGGGCUUCGAGGCCCCGCCAUCAACCAUGGCCGCACAGCUCAUAAACAACCUGUCAACGACGAAUAAGCCUUCACGAGAGCCCGAGCAGGAUGACCUCAAGAGACUCAUGACAGAGGUAUCAGAGCUGGAGAAUAGUUCCACUAAACUCUCGAAUCUCGAUGUCAAGCUGGAACAUAAGCACAAGCUCAUAUAUGUCUUUGCGCGUGCCGUUUUGGAGAGACUUAGCAAUGACGACCCCUUUAUCAACACCGCACAGCUUGUGUCCCAGGCCUCUGAGGCGCUUGAUAUUUUUACAUCGACAAUCAGAGAGACACCAGCUGUCUUGACCUAUAUUUUAAAGCCCCAGGAGACGCUUCAAGCUCGAGGCCAGGAACCGCUCUGGAUGUGGCUAUUUCCUCGAGUCUUGACGCUCUUGGGCCGUAGAGAAUGCGAGGAUCUCACUGAUAAGAUCAAGUCUUUCUUCUCUACCUCAUUCCAGGCCGUUGCUCAAUCUCCCAAGCUAUGGUAUCUGAGCUCAUUGUUCUUCUCAUAUCUGAAGGAGUGUGCCUCACAUAUGUUGAAUCAUCUCCAGAAUCCCAGCAUUAUUCCCUAUGGCAACAUGUCUCAAAUCACAUCCCCUGCUGAAGAUUUUGACUAUUCCGUCUUUUCCCAGCAGAAAGACAACUCCCCAUAUUUGAUGCCGAGGUACUCCAUCAACGAAGCUACGCACGCGUUCUGGCAUGUCAACUAUCUUUUGACUAUCUUGGUUGAUACAUCGGUGGAGGCCGUAUCGUCCUUUGAUGCAACACCCGCAUUUCAGGACUAUCUUGCUUGGAUGUUAGACUCUUUCCUUUCUGUGCAUGAUCUACAGAAGCGAUGGCAGGCAAAUCCUCAGCUUCAGCAAUCCUGCAUCGACAGUUGCCUACCUUUAUUCCGUGCUGUGGGGCUACUACUGUCCUCUGUUGGAGAGGAAUUAUCGCCCACUAUUCUUCGGAAAGGAUACCUGCUGUUCUCCAUUUUGUGUUCGGAUCUGCUCCGUAUGCCAGAUGCUUUGCAUGAGACUUUGGAUCGAGUCAGUAUCUGCCGCGGAAUGUUGAGCUUGGUUGCUAUUUGCAAACGGUAUGCUUCUAUGCGCGGUGCUGUAUCUCUUCAUCUUCUACCGACAAUCACCACCACGAUGCUGGAUGACAAUUCUCGUGAAAAGCUCGGGAAGGACUUCCAGAAAACUGCGUUAACCUUGUAUGAGGCUUGUCAAAUUGUACCACUGGAUUUGCCUGCGAUUGAUCUUUCCGCGGACUUUGAUAACAUCGAACUGGCUGCCCAGUUUCGCCAGCUUGGUCUCGAAUCGUUACCCGAGCGAGAUGCCAAUGAAGACCCUCCACUCAAGCGCCGCAAAGUUCACAAAGAGGACGACUUGUUCGAUCAAACUGUUACAUCUCUUUAUUCGCUUCUUGGGGCUCAGAAGGCGACCGAUCUUGAUGGCUUAAAUCAGUUAGCCGAGUCUUGUUUCGCUGCAUUAAAUGAAACGGAGCGCUGCGAGUCAAUCCAGCAGCUUGCCAAUAUACCAUGUGCCGCCCACGGGUCCUUGAUGGAAACCAAGUUUCGGGAUGGAAUUCUGCGGCCCAAAUGUUUUCUGUGCGAAGGAUUGAAACCACCGGAUUCGUUCCACCUCGACGAGGAGCGAUGUCAAAAGAUUAGUAUUGAAGCUAUUGCAACAUUUAGCAAUUUGAUCAAGUCGACUGCUUUUCUUGAUUCUAGGCGCCCUCGGGUUUUGGCAAUGAUUGCCCUGAGACGAUUCACGGUUCACUUCACUAGUCCCAGCUUCGUUGAUUUCGAACAGUCAAUACUUGGACAGUGGUGCCUACAAUCUUUAAAGAGUUCGAUCCGAGAACUACGCGUUGCAGCUGGCCGUACUCUUCCAGGAUUCUUGUGUGGGCCUGCGUCAGCUCAUGAAUUGACACGAAAAAAUAGAAUUAACGUGCUCGAUUUGUUACGUUCUUUCUCAGAAACCGAAGAUAUUCAUUUCCAGGAAUCAUGUAUUCUUGCUUGGGGCCAAGUUGGCAGGAUAUCAAACGACGAUGAAUUGAAUCUGGUGCUGCUAGGGCUGGUCAAAUACCUUGGCCACAGCAAUCCUAUAAUCUCGGGUGCUGCUUUCAAUGAAAUACUGAAGCUGGCGAAAGCGAGUGAUGUUCCCGUCGAUCGAAUGUUUAGUCCUUUUUGGGGGACUGUUGCGAUAGAAGCUGUCAAAGACCUUCUUAUCAGGCCACAAACCACACAAUUAAUGGCAGAUCUAUUGGGAAUAUCUGUUUCUGAAUUCCUUGUAUUGACACAAUCGCAUACUCUGCCCUGGCUCGUCCUGUUCGGGAAGCCAGAAGUGAUUAAGAAAAUAGCAGAAGCUCGCAAAGAUGGAGAAGUAUGGCUUGCUUGCAUGGCUAACUUGGUUGCAAUACUACCGCUCUUACUCAUCCAGAAUGUGCCCGAUACUGAAACUUUCGUCAUGAGACUGUUCAAAGCUAUCUCUCCAAAAUUCAACGAGGCGGACUUUACAGAGUUGUUGAGGCAUGAGCCAGCCUCACAAGCUAUCCACCUAUUAAAGCUUGCUGGGGAUGCUGAUGACAGCAAGAAAUCAAGGAUUCAUUAUGCAUUACAAUACCUAGCCAAACAUACCCACGUAAUAGUGGAGGGUGUUUCCAGGAAGAACAAUCCUGUUGGCGUUUUUUUAGAACAACAUUUGCUUGGUCUCGUUGCGAGGUUGUCCGAAGUUAUUAAUGAUUCUCGAGAUGAACAGCCGACAAAGGAAAAGGAACGUUGUGUCAAGGCUUUCGAAGAGCUUGUAAGGGUUGCUAAGACGCACACUAGGACAGCUCGACCUCAGAUCUGCGCUUGCCUCCAAUCUGCAGUGGCCCAAAAGGAACUUCAAGCAUCCGCAUUUUCAGCCUGGGACACGCUGUUGAGGAAUCUCGAGGACGAAGAUGUAGAGCCUAUGCUAGAAAGUACGUUUUCUACCGUCAUUCAACGGUGGACCAGCCUUGAUGAAACUACUCGAACCCGAGCUAAGGACACCCUGGAGUAUCUCAUCCACCAGCGUGGUCGCCUCAUACGCAUUUCAAUUUUCAACUUGCCAUCACUUUCGCAAUUCCCUGAACUUGAACAAAUUGAAGCUCAGUUGAACAAAUGGAGAACCCCGACAGAUGUCAGCAAUGCUUUUCAGAUAUUCAGCCGCAGAUUAGGCCAUGAGAAUCCAGGAGUGGUCAUUCAAGCAUUGAUUGAGCUCAAGGCAUAUCUCAAAAUAAAUCAAUCGCACCUUCAAGCAUCUGCAGUCAGUGAGCAACCAGAUACUGUCGUUGGGUUACUUGUUCGCUCAAUACUAGACACCUGCGUCAAUUUCAAUGGUUCACAUAACGAAAUUGCCGGAAUUGCUGCUGAAUGCAUCGGGAUGAUCGGAUGCUUAGAUUCAAAUCGAGUUGAGUCUGUUCGAGAGCAAAGGGAAAUGAUUCUGGUCAGUAACUUUGAUGAUUCUGGCGAAACGACGGAUUUUGUCCUAUUCAUGCUCGAGGAGGUAAUCGUCAAAGCAUUCCUCUCUGCCACUGAUACUGUAUGGCAAGGAUUUCUUUCCUAUGUUAUGCAAGAACUUCUUGCCAAAUGCGACUUCAAAGAGAUGGUUGGCCCCAUUGUUGCUGGCAACGAAAAGUCCGCCGAUAAUCCCCUGUAUCGCAAAUGGUUGAAACUACCGCUGAGCGUACAGGAUACUUUGACGCCUUUUUUGUCUUCGAAGUUCUCUUUAAUGGAAAGUAAGCUUCCAGAAUACCAGUAUCCGAUAUUUCGACCCGAGAAUAUGGUUUCCGACAAGGUUUACAAUAUCUGGCUCAGAGCAUUUGUCCUCGACCUUCUUCAAAAGCCGUUCAAUAACAACUCUUUGCUGCUUUACCCUGCCCUUUGCCGCGCCAUUAGGAUAAAGGAUAUCUCCGUGGCUAGCUUCCUGCUGCCCUAUGUAGUCCUUCACGUCAUAAUCCUAGGAGAUGAUCAGAAUCGGCAAGAAAUUGGAGAAGAGCUUCUUCGCGUUUUAGAGUAUCAAGUACCUGUUGACUCCAAGGUUCGAAAAGAAGACGUGAAGUUAUGCAUUGAAGCCGUCUUUCGAGUGCUGGAUUACCUUUCUCGGUGGGUACAGGAGAGACAGAUCAAGAAGACCUCUCGCGGGCAGAAUCCGACUGAAGUUGCGGACCAGAUUCAGCGAGUAGAUAUCGUCCUGUCCAUGAUCCCUCCCGAAAUCAUUUCUCAGCGAGCCGUUGAAUGCAAAUCUUAUUCACGGGCGCUGUUCUACUGGGAACAGCACAUUCGGGAUUGUCGUGAGCGAGCACCCAGCGCGGAUAACAAUACAGAGCUUUUGGAACGGUUACAGGACAUAUAUACACAGAUUGAUGAGCCGGACGGCAUCGAGGGAAUAUCUGCUCAUCUUCAUGUGUUAGACAUUGAACAACAGAUACUUGGACACCGAAAAGCUGGUAGAUGGACAGCGGCUCAAAGUUGGUAUGAGAUCAAACUGGCAGAAAAUCCUGACGAUAUUGAUGUGCAGGUCAAUUUGCUGAAGUGUCUCAAGGAGUCCGGACAGCAUGAUGUUCUACUUAAUUAUGUCGAAGGUAUGAAGACUACCACUGAAACUUCGUCCCGACUACUCCCAUUUGCAACAGAAGCUUCAUGGGCAACAGGAAGGUGGCUUGCCUUGAAAAAAUACACCUCCACAGAGUCAAAGAUUGUCAGCGAAGACUUCAACGUCAGAGUUGGUCAUGCACUUCUUGCACUGCACGGGAAGAAUCCAGAUCUCUUCCAAUCCACGGUGCAGUCCAUUCGCGAGCAGAUAGCGGGAUCAUUGUCAACAGCAGCAACGGCAUCCCUUGCAACUUGUCAUGAUAACAUGCUCAAGUUGCAUGUCCUAACAGAGAUGGAAAUGAUAGCGGGGACUAAUAACGGCGGUGUUGAUCGCCCUAAGGUUCUAGAGUCCCUCAAUCGGCGACUCGAGGUCAUCGGAGCUUACCUCGAUGACAAGCAAUAUCUUCUCGGCAUUAGACGAGCAGCCAUGCAACUCUCAAACCACGCUUUCACAGAAGGAGAUGUUGCCUCGGCGUGGCUCACAAGUGCACGACUUGCAAGAAAAGGAAAUGCCAUGCAUCAGUCCUUCAACGCUGUUCUACAUGCAUCCCAACUUAGUGAUGACUCGGCAACCAUUGAGCAUGCACGACUGUUGUGGAAAGAUGGUCACCAUAGAAAGGCCAUUCAGAAUUUGCAAGGAGCCAUCGAAAAUAAUGCAUUCAUAUCCCACGACAGAGAUGCUCAGACCAUAAGCUUCGCUGCUACCGAUACCAAACAGCAGCAAAACUUCCUUACUGCAAGAGCACAUCUGCUUCUUGCAAAAUGGCUGGACAGCGCUGGACAAACGCAAUCAGCCGCAUUGCGAUCGCAGUAUCAGCUGGCUGCCAGGACACACCAAACCUGGGAAAAGGGUCAUUACUACCUCGGUCGCCAUUACAACAAACUUCUGGAGACCGAGAAGGCCCUGGCUCCCGAACUACAAGCCGAACCGUAUCUCACGGGCGAGACAGCCAAAUUGGUGAUUGAAAAUUACCUACGUUCGUUGAGUUACGGAACGAAGUAUAUUUACCAAACCCUGCCACGAAUACUCACGCUAUGGCUCGAUCUCGGCAUGCUGGUUAGCCAACCCGUCGACCCUCGUUUAGGGAAUGGCAAGGACUUUACUACAAGAAUAACUAACGCCCGAAGAGAUAAUCUUGCGCAGCUUCACAGUCGGUUCAACAAAUACAUCAACAAAAUGCCUGCGUAUAUGUUCUACACAGCACUGCCUCAGAUCGUUGCUCGCAUUGCACACCCGAACAAUGAUGUGUUCAGGUUUUUAUCGUUAAUUAUCAUGAAAGUUGUCUCCUCCUAUCCACAGCAGGCUUUAUGGAGUCUUCAAGCCGUGUGCUCUUCGAAUCAAUCAGAUCGUAAGACUCGCGGCGCCACUAUUAUCUCUCAACUUCGAGGUAGCGCGGGAAAGAAAUCGGAUCCCGGAACUUUUGAUAUUAAGAGUAUGAUUAGGAACGGUGAGCGAUUAUCGGAGCAGUUGCUAAUGGCCUGCAAUUCGGGCGAAUUCCCAAGCAAUCGGACUCUUUACGUCAGUUUGGCUCGAGAUCUUCAUUUCAACCAGAAAAACUGUUUGCCAAGCCCCUUGGCUGUGCCUGUUGAACGUGUCUUGACGGCGACUCUUCCAACACUCACAGAUAAUGUCCGGACACACAAAGCUUUCUCUCGAGAUGUCGUAACUAUAAAUAGCUUCCAGGACGAAGUCAUGGUGCUCAGCUCCCUACAAAAGCCUCGAAAGCUUACGGCCAAUGGAUCAGAUGGCCAAACCUAUGGCCUCAUGUGCAAACCGAAAGAUGACUUGCGGAAGGACCAGCGUCUGAUGGAAUUCAACAGCAUGAUCAACAGAUCGCUCAAACGGGACGCCGAAUCCAGCAGAAGACAACUUUACAUCAAGACAUAUGCUGUGACCCCGCUUAAUGAGGAAUGCGGAAUUAUUGAAUGGGUUGAUGGCCUUAAGACGCUUCGAGAUAUCCUCCUCGCCCUCUACAAAGCCCAAGGCGUCUCAGUCAGCUAUCGCGAGAUCGAAGUAUACUGUGACGAAGCCUCAAAGUCAGAAGCAAAACUGCCCUAUUUCACAGAGAAAGUCCUCGGUCAGUUCCCUCCCGUCUUUCACAAAUGGUUUGUGCAACAAUUUCCGGAGCCUUCAACUUGGUUCGGUGCCCGACUCCGCUACACCCGUUCUUGCGCGGUGAUGUCUAUGGUUGGCACGAUUCUCGGCUUGGGCGAUCGUCAUGGCGAGAAUAUUCUAUUUGAGGAAGGCAAUGGCGGCACGUUCCAUGUCGAUUUCAACUGUUUGUUUGACAAGGGUCUUACAUUCACCAAACCCGAACGUGUACCGUUCCGAUUGACGCACAACAUGAUUGAUGCGAUGGGAAUGUACGGCUACGAAGGCCCGUUCCGCAAAUCAUCGGAAUUGACCCUGAAACUGCUACGGCAGCAUGAGGAGACGUUGAUGACUAUCCUUGAAGCUUUCGUAUACGACCCCACGCUCGACCUGGUGAAGAAGCCAGAGAAGAAGAAGAAAGAUGGCUCCGUUGCUGUCCCGCACACUGCACAGGGUGUGCUAGAUAGUAUCCGCAGGAAGGUUAGGGGUUUGUUGGCUGGAGAGAGCGUACCGUUGGGUGUGGAGGGCCAGGUGGAUGAGCUUAUUAAGAUGGCUACGAACCAGACGUUUUUGGCGGGUAUGUAUAUUGGUUGGUGCUCUUUCUUGUAG